UCCCGUCUGCCCAGACCGCCAGGCCGGCCGCUGCAAGUGGAGGCGCUGCCAGGGACAGGCCGCUGGGCUUGGGCCGUUCCUGGGGCCUGAAAGAUGCUCUUUGCUCCAUUCUCGAUCCGCCCUAACAACGGACGGUCCAGUCCACUCUCGAGGCGCCAGCGCCCCACCACAGCCAGAAUGUCCCGCCAAUCCGAUCGUCCUUGUUGCGAGGGGUGCGACCUUGGGCGGGACCUGCUGGGUCCCACCCUCGCAUCCUGUCCUUGCGAUGAUACUAUGGUAGCCAACAGCCCAUCAUCAAUCAAGCCCAUCAACAAGCCAGCCCUUCGACCAUCGUCAAUCAUUCCGGCGACUUGGUGUCCUACCACAGUACCGUCCAUCACCACCUUCCAGAUGCAUCUACACCGCAGCCAGCAGAGUCGGGCGUGGCGACGACUCCUCAUCACUGCUCGCCCCGCAGCCGCCCGUCGUCGUGCUUGCUCCCGUUGCUCCCUUGCGGCGUUGCGCAGGGAUGAUCGCUGCCGCCGCCGCUCCAGCUGUCGUCGAGGCCAGCGAUGCUGGGAACCCUAUCCCACGCUACUGUGCACCUGAGAUCCUUGCCCCUCUUGUGAUGCGGACGUUGCGCUGCCGAAAACCUGCAC